UGGGGGUGGGGGUUCUCUCUCCCCCCAUAGAGCGCAGCAUGAGCGCUCCGCAGCAAAAGGAUGUGUGAGCAGGCAGCGCGCUACUGUAGGGACGGAGUCCACAAACUGCUGAACAAAGAACAAGCCAAACUUCGAGCCCAAGAAAGCCGCGAGCAGCCGAACCCCGUAGCCGGUCAGGACAGCGAGUCCGCAACGGCAGCGCAGUCCGGAAACAGCGGCGCCCAGCCCGGUGGAAUCGACGGGCUCGUCCGCUGGAUCGUCACCAAAAUGAGCGACAACAAGAACAUCUCCAGCCGGGAGUACGCCUCCAGUAAGGAGGAGGUGGCCGUGGCUCAGGAGCAGUUCUUCGCUCCGGAACCGCGGAGAGGCAUCUCCGUUAUUUUGGAUAUUUUCAGAAGAGCUGACAAAGAUGAUGACGGGAAGCUGUCUCUGGAUGAGUUCCAAGCAUUCUUCUCAGAUGGCACGCUGAAUGAAGAGGAGCUGGAGAAGCUAUUUCACACCAUUGACUCUGAUAACACCAGUAAUGUUGACACUAAGGAACUCUGCGACUACUUUGCUAAGCACAUGGGAGAUUAUGAGGGAGUUCUGGCUUCUCUGGAAACGCUCAACCUUUCCAUCCUCAAAGCCAUGGACUUCACCAAACGGGUGUAUGAGAGGGGAACCAACGUGGAGCAAUUUGUUACCCGUUUCCUGCUGAAGGAGUCAGCCAAUCAGAUCCAGUCUCUCCUGAGCUCUGUGGAGAGUGCCGUGGAUGCCAUUGAUGAGCAGCACAGCCAAUCAGGUCAUCUACCUGCCAAAGUGAGUCCACGGAUGUCAGGGAAGCACUACGAAAACACUGUCCCUGACUAUCCCCCUAAUAACAGAGUCAGCACCAGGGAGGCUGUCAGGACCAUCAAUACUGCUUCAGGUGCAGUGGAGGUGAGGAAAGAAGGUCUGGAGGCGCAGAUCAACCGUCUAGCUGAACUCAUCGGACGACUGGAGAAUAAGACGGUCUGGUUUGACCUGCACCAGAGGCUAACAGACACAGAUGGCACCACCAGUGCAUCUUUGCUGCUGAUUCGUCAGGAGAUGGUGGUUUCCCAGAAGCAGCUUGGUGAGUUCUGUGAGGCUCUGAAGCAGUACCUGAAGAACGUCUCCGCUCAGAGAGACUGCUUUCAUGUGACUGCAGUGCGUCUGCCAGAUGGUUUAUCCUUUGUCGUCUAUGAGUUCUGGGAUGGCGAGGAGGAGUGGAAGAGGCACCUCCAGUCGGCUCCCAACAAAGCCUUUCAGCAUGUGAAGGUGGAUACACUGUGCCAGCCGGAGGCUGUGUCCUCUGUAGCCGUGCCAGCCGUCUGGUGCAGCGUGAACAGGGACUGAGCAUGAAGAUAUUCGACUACACGCCAAGACUCCUGACACUCCUCACUUCUUUAACUCCUUCCCCUCCAGCCCUAAAACCUUUUUUUCUCCUCUGUUUCACCCACCCCAAUCCCCACAACCCCCAAACUCCCUCAACUCUUUUUGUAAGUACAUGUUUACAUAGUGCAAAUGAAUGGUGUCAACUGCGGUGAAAAUUGAACAAACAGUGCAUUUUACAACGUGAGAUUACUAAAACAUGUUUGCAUCUCAUCAUGGUAGUUUGCUGGAUUUCAAGAUUGUGGAUUACUUCAUGUACAUGUUUCUAAUAGCUUUGAGCCACUGUAAGGUGGAGAUUGUCAUGUAGCAAGGACCCCGAAGGUUGAGUUUUCCAUGUAGCAGCUUUUCAGUAGUCAGUUUGGGAAUGCAGCUGAUCACCACAGAUAGCUCAUCUGUGUAGCUGUCACUUUAUAGUAGCUGCUUAUUAUAUCUGUGAAUAUAUCGCAGACUUUUGUUUAUUUAUUUAUUUCAUAACUGACCAAAUUACCCUCGCAUCAGCCAUGACAUUAAAAUGAAGACUCGAAAUACCUAGUUGACAGAUUAGUUUGCGUUCUCAGGAAAACGGAGAAGUCUUUAGCUAGCUGUCCUCUCUUAUGGAUGUUAUUUACCCAAAGCCAUUUAAAUAUGACAUUUAGCCUAGAAUUUUAUCUGGGAAAGUGAACACUGGCUCUGAAUAAACAAGUGAUUUUAAUAUGAGAGAAGAACCACUGAAGGGUAGAAUAAUGCGGUCAUUUUACUGUACAGUUCCAGCUGUUCACCAGUUCAUGAAUAGGAAAGAAACAGAUGUGCUAUUAUAGAGCAGUGGUUCCAGUAGUAACUUUAAAUCCUCACAUAACAAUCAGUAGAUGACCCCAUAAGGCCACCUUUUAAGGUUAAUAAUCUUAUAAUGACCAAGUAUAUUUUAUCUCCUCCAUAAUUUUCCGAUUUUGUUGCCUUCGUUUGUUCUGUUCACUCUCUUAAUCUCUUUUACAUUCACUCUGUAUACAAUGGCUGUUCUGAGGGUAAUGUCUCUGAUGGUUUACUGGCUGUUACACGGUACUGUUUCUUUAAAGCACAGCUAAUCCCUGUGAAGAAUGAUGUCGUUUUAACCUGGCACCAGUAGAAGAAGGCCAGCUGAUGUCAGUUCUUCUCAAGGAUUUGCAUGUGUAGAUGCUAACACAAAUUCCCGCUGGUGUUUUUCGGUGUAGUUUUAUUUUAACUAAACACAUUUAAGGGAUAGUUUCUGACGCGACACGCCCGCUACCUUGAGAAAGCGACUGCUUAGAGAGACAGGCAGCACCUCAGUGUUCUCCAUGCAGAUAAACACGGUUUGAUUUUUGCCUUCUGUUCAUGCAUUCCUUGUCUGAAUUGGUGAUGGGUUGCUUAUAUUAGCUGUGUAAGUCUAGUGGAGAUUGUACAUAUGAAAAUGUUGUUCUGUUAUGAUUAUAUUUGCCUUUACUGACAUCUUUUAGUGCUAUGGUACAAAUCUUAUCCUCAGUGAAAGUGGCAGUAGCUUCACAGGUGCUGCAGCUUCUCUAACCUGUUUGUUUGAAUCCAAAUAGCUACCAUCCGAAACAGAUAUAUGAAGAACACUGAAUAUAAAGCCUUAAACAUCACCACAUGGUUGAGCAGGUAAAGGAUUUUAAAAGGCAACUUCUUUUUGAUGCAUUUUAAAUUCCCUGUAAGCAGAGAAUUCCCCACUUUCGGUGUAGACAUCAGAUUGUGUUUCAUUAAUAUAUGACAUUAUUACCACGAUGACAGGUCUAUUCAGCUAUUGAACAUCACUGAAAGAAUAGCCUUGAAUUUGAAAUAAACCUUCACAACACUUGGCAUACUGUAGCAGUUAGAUGAACCACCUCGGCAUUAAUAUCUCGAACACGUGAUCACAUGUAUUGCCACUACUGAACCCACCUUUAAGUGCAAAAAAGUCAAUGAACAGGAGGAUAUUAUGGAAAGUUACAGCUCUUGCAAAUUCCAGGACAUCAGGGUGAAAUGGAGGACGGACAUAUUCGACCUUUACAUUAAAACCCAGAUGAGCUUAUUAUUCGGACGUGACAUCAACGAUAUUGUUCGGUAAAGUCUGAAAACCGGCUGAGUUCAGUCUUCACUGCACAUCAGCCCACACACACUGUCAAACAAUCAGAUUAAAAAAAGCACAAUGUAAAAAUGAGUGAAUAUUGUGACUUAAGCAUAGUAGAGUAUAUUAGAGGUCAAUGAGUAUGAUGAGAGUAUGUAGAGAUAUAUUACUGUCUAACUGGGUAAAGACUUGUUAAUGAAUCACUGCUCCGUUACAGCAUUAUUCUUUCAAAGGUGCCAUCUUGCCAUCCACCUCACUGUUGAGUCUAUUCUCUCUUCACCUGUGAAGACAGCGAGUCUGUCAUCUGCUGGCACUGUGGUGGCAGUGAGCGGGGAUCCAGCUACACUGACACUAAUGUUGAUUGUUACCUACUUUUAGAACUCCGGGCUGCGCUCAGCGGGGCAUGACUGUGUGACACGUGGAAGUGUUGAACAUUAUUACAUAUAUGGUAACAGAAAUAUGUAUAACAAUAGGCUUGUAGAACAGGCAUGCAAAAGCAGUAUUGCAUUAUCUGUGAAAAUGUAUUUACCAACCUGUGAGUGUCUCUUUUAAAGGUACCCUGUGGAAGUUUGGACCACUAACAGCAUUAAAGAGCAGAGAUUUCACAAAUAUAGCAAUGAAUGUGUUAAACAGUGUAUGAUUUGGGCUAUAAAGAGAUCUGCUUUGUUUUAUAAGGAAGAAAGCAGCGUAAGAGGGACUAUUGCUGUGCCACUUAUCAUCUAACUUGUUGUUUUGAAAUGGUCCAACUAAAAUGAAAUUUGCAGGGUUUAAGAAUAAAUCUAGGUGCUAAUCUGGACCUGAUAAAGUUUCAAAACCAAGUCUUUCAGAGGAAUUCAGCAAUGCAGUGACUUCUGCAAUUAUCUGACUUCUGAAAUUAAAGUAUCAAAACCUUAAGUAACUAAGUAGAGACUAAGUUGCAAAAUACAAAAAGUACAUUGAUCAUGAGAUGUGUCUGUCGGUUCUCCGUCAUGCAAGUUAAGGUAGCCUUGAAAGCUUGAAAAGAAGACCACUUAAACACUUAAAGUACCUUGAGGUGGUCAGGUUUGACUUGAUCUGUUAAUACAGCCUGUAUAGUGUAUGCAGUUACUACAUUAACCCCACAAGGUGAAAGGUUACCCAAUAACCACCUGCUUAAUAUUAAAACCACAAUACUUUGACAAGAAAACUUCACAGGGUACAUUUAACCUCUCACUUGUUGGAACAAAAACCCCAACAUAUACAUAUAUAUCUCAAACUCCAAUCCUAUUUGCGUUCAAGAAGGAGCUACUGUAUUCUCAAUACAAACAAAGCCAUAUUGCAUGGAUUAGUGUUUACAUAUAAGUGAUUUACUAUACUGAUAGCCAUAGAUUUACAGUACUCAAGCCUGGCUGAGUGCAACCCACAUGUUCUAAUUAAGGGAUCUCCCUUUGUGUACAUUGUGCCCAGCUUGGCUGGGUUGUGUAUAUGAGAUCGAUAGUAAGUGAAUGGUCAGAAACACCAGUACUGUUUCCUGUUGAUACAUUCCUGAAUGUCCCUCAGACUGUGCAACCUGUUCUUUUUCUAUCCUCCUACUUCUCAGUGCAACCCGUGCUUCGUCAUACAAUGAAAGAGUUAUGCCACUGAAAUGUACUGAAGCAUGGCUGAGCAGAACGUUUCCUGGUAACAUUGUGAAAAGACGGCAGAGGACCUACAACAUGUUGAGAUCAGGCCUUCUGUAGGCGUGGAUUAGUUUAUGUAAUUGUUGUGAUACUGGUAAACAGGAAACAUGUCACCUGGUUUACCUCAAGAAACCUAACAUAGACACCAUAAACGUGACACCAUAGACUAUACAUAAAAGAUGGUCAUAGCCACCAUGAUGUCACCAAUCGGUUCUUGCCUGUGGCUCUAUGAUGCCAGCCAGACUCCUUUCCUUCCUCCUGCAAGUGCAUGAUGGGAUGCAGGCCUGAUUCACAGAAUCGCUCAAUUCAGUUAGUUCACCUUAAACACAAUAGCUAGCCAGUGCCAGUCUUUUCACCCAAGGCAAACACUCAAAAAACUAAAGUCAUGAGAGAAUGGCAUUAACCACAAUGUUGGUCUUCGGUUUUUAAGAUGGGUUCUUAAAAAUGAUAUCCUGAAGGUCAUCAACAAGUUUUAGGCAUAUGCAGUGCAGCAUUUGUCUCCACCCUGCUCUGCAGAUACAUCAGACAGAAUGUAUUCCACGAACCUGGAGCUCCUCUAUCUAGAUCCUUUGUAAAACCAACUCAACCUGGCCCUAAAGGCACAGAGUAGGAAAUACAAUCUGCAUGGGUGAUCAUGACCUACCCUACCAUCACAAGUAUUGCAAACCAAAGAAGCACUUUAAGCUCUACACAAAUGACCUCCUUAGCCAUUGCAAUAUAUACCCCAACUACUCUGAACCACUAGCAACCUUUGCUAUGGUGACUGAACAAACACCUUAAAAAGAACUUCCCAAGAACACCAGAGUGCAGCUGGCAUGAACCCAAUAUUUGGCUUCCCUUGCAAGGUAGAACCAAGUCUCAUUAUCUGAGAUUUCUAUAUAAAGACUGCUCCCUUUGCCGUCACUCAAGACAUGCAGGCUACAUCCAUCUUUUAUUUAGAGUCUAUCCAAGAGAACAAGCCAAUCAGUAAUUUGCCAAACUGACCGACAUCAUGGCCAUAACUCUUCCUUUCUAUGGCUGUGUUCUUUUCUAUUCUUCAACUGAGUGCAUGUCAACUGAAUGUCCAGUAACUUCUUUGCUGUAGUAUUAGGCAAUGCUACUCAAUGGGUUUUGUGCAUUUCUUACCUUCUUUGUUUUCUAGUAUUCCUAUGAAAGAGACAGAGACUUAAAUCUAUUAUAUAAAAUAUAUGACUAGAAAAAUGGCAUUCAAGAAUGAACAUAACUUUUAUGGCAAUGUUUAAUUAAAUAUUAAUUCUUAAUGUAUGUUUCAGUAAAAAAAAAAAAAAAGCUUUCUCUUCUUAAGUGUAGAGACUUAUUGCAGGGAUGCAAGUAUUAUAUUUGGUCUUUAAAGAAUAUCUUGUUGAAAUUCUAGAUGAUGUAGAGUGAUGCAAUUCAAUAAAACUAUAAAACUGAAAA